GUUUUCUCCACUCUUGGACGCUUCGAUGAAUCCAUGGCUUGCUUCGCAGAAGCAUUGGACAUCCGCUUGACGAUCCGGGAUCAAAUAGCUACAGCGGACAUCAUCCAGUCCACAAUCAACGUUGGUUCCAUAUACAGCGACAGGGGAAAGCUAAAGGAGGCAGAAGAUUGCUUUACCAAAGCACGACACAUCCUCGAUUGCGUCACAGAGCCAGGCAGUGCUCGAUUGAUGGCCGUACUCCUCUGUAACUUUGGGGCGGUCGAGUCGCAACUGGGUCAUCGAGAAAUCGCUCUUAAUCUCUAUAAAGAAGCUCUUGAACAAGGGAUCAGCGCCUACCCGGAUCGGGAUCAUCCCAUCAUCGCUACAAUUCACAACAACAUCGGCAACAUCGAGAAACAGUUUGGCCGGCUCAAGGAAGCGCAGAAACAAUACCAAGAAUGCCUCCAUCUUCGACUGCGCUUGUUUCCAAAUAAGAAACACAUGGAUAUUGUUCAGUCUCUCAACAAUCUGGGAGAUCUCGAGAGAGCGCUUGGAAACAGCGCCGAGGCUGAAAGAUAUCUUCUGGAGUCGCUCGAAAUGCUGCAAAAUAUGGACACAUUCCGUAUUCAUCCGAUGCUGAUCCCCAUCCUCAAUAACCUGGGCAUCGUCUCCGCGGAGAUGGGGAAUUCGCUUGAAGCACGAUCCUACUUUGAGCAGUGUGUCGUAAUCGCCACCAAACUCCACGAAACCCGAGUCCAUGCAGAUGUGGCGCGGGCUUUGCGCGAAGUCGGUACGAUUCUCAUGAAGGAGGGCCAGGUUGAGAAAGCGCUGUCCCGGCUCGAGGAGGCUCUCGCCAUCACAACUGCUACGGAUCCAGAGGGCGGCUCAGAGACAACGGUCGAUAUUCUGAUGACCAUGGGGUCUGCACAUUAUAUAUUGGGAAAGCACAGCGAAGCACAGACAUUUCUCGAAGCCUCCCUCGACCUGGGUCUCGCCGUGUUUCAAACUCGCAAUGAUCCUAUGAUCCUCAUGAUUCUCCAAAAACUCGCUGACGUCUCAACUGUCCAAGGGGACAUUGACGGGGCUGCCCGUUAUCUCGGUGAAGCCAUGAUCAUAUCGAGCAUACUCUCUCCCGACAAGACCGACUUAUUGAUCGCGCUGUCGUUUCACAAGCUGGGCGAUCUUUCCAUGAAGCAAAACCGACUUCAAGAGGCUUUCGAUUACUUCCAGAAAGGUUUGGAGAUCAAAAUUGGAGUUUACGGUACGAGAGCUCAUGUCAGCGUCGCCGAGUCGCUGGUCAGCAUCGGUACCGUGCUUACUCAUCUUGGGCGAUAUGCCGAGGCCGAAGAGACCCUUCAAGAAGCGCUGGAUCUCAAUGAAGCCUUCUUCGACUCCAAAAGUAACAUUGUACGUGCCGGAAUAAUGACCAGCCUUGGUAUUCUCAACGAAUGUCAGCAUCAGUGCGAUUUGGCGCGGAAACAUUAUUGCCGCGCCCUGGAUGAUCUUUUGCAUAUCUCAUGCGACUUGGAGGACCCGAUCGCAGAAUUUGUUCAUUCCAGAAUAUUGGAACUGUCCGGGUUGACCAAGAAUUCAAAGUGAACAAGCACAUUGGCUACACAGCCAUGAC